AUGCGUCUACCACUUUUCUAUCCAUACGUAUCGUCUUUGCCCAGAAGAGGUAUUAACAUAUAUCCAUAUGUACCUGUCUUUGCCCAGAAGAGGGCUCUACCUUGGCCCGCUGCACGAGCGAAACGUAUUCGAAGAACUAUUACAGAAUUGCGAGGUUUUUAUCCACAACGAGGUGUCCUAAGGAAGAACGAAGAACCACGUGUCAAGCAGUUCUUCAAGACUGUUUUCAAGGUACUUGCUAAAUUAGCAGAACGUCUCCAGAUGGACCUGGUUGAUCUUCUUUCUUUUGCCGAACAUAAUGAUGGUUAUAGUUACAUUCUCACAAUGAUUGAUGUAUUCUCACGUUACGUCUGGGUUAUUCCGCUCAAAGACAAAGAGGGAAGUACGAUUAAUAAGAAAUUAGCAAGACAUGGACUGCUUUAUAUGUGCAUGAUGUUUUAUAGCGAGUUCGAUGAAUUCCAAGUGAGGGGUUCAGUUGUCAUUACAAACUAUUUUGAGCACCAGCGCCGAGAAACUUUUCUACACAGACAGACCAGCAAAAACAACGCCUUCUAA